GUCUCUUCCUUUCUUUCGUUUGCAAAAGCUUACGAGUCUUCCAUUUAAUGGAAGCGGCCAUAUUUCACUCUUGCUGAUGUACUUACUACCUUCCUCGUCUGCUUUUAAAGUGGUACUGGUGGAGGUUAAGUUUCUACGUGAGGGGUGUUCAAGAGAUUUUGCUUGUAAGAUUUAAAUGAAAGAUCCUGUCUUUAGUAGUUCGAAUCAAAAUCAAUAGUUGCUCUUGUUGUUGUUGUUGAUGUAGUGGUGUUUUGGUCAACUAGUGAUCAACGUUAUGGACCACCUUUUUGCUUCUAGAGACAAGGGAUUUGGUUAUCAAGAGAUUCCAACAGAACAGAUGGAUGGUUUAAGCUUUGGUUCUGGUGUUAGGAAUUUGAUCUCUGAUGAUAUGCUUAACUCCUCAGAGCUUAUGAAUUUCGACUCUUUAACUACAUGGUGUAACAGCCCUUCUUCCACUGAUCUCUUGUUCGCCCAAUAUGGUCUACCGACCUCUCACUCUAUGCCCUUUGGAGGUGAGCCGAGGGCUGCUACCUUAUCAGGUCUUACUCGUUCAUUCCAUGAUUUGGAAAGCUCUUACUAUGGUGAAGAAAGAUCGUCAGAACAUGAAAUGAGCUCUCAGUUUCAUCGCUCGUUAGAGAGCAUUGAGUUAAGUGGUAAACGGCGCAGGGUGGCUAAUCAGAAGAAUGGUUUCCCUAACUUAAUGAACUCUACUGUCCCUAGGUCUUUGAGCCACUCACUAGAUGAGAAGAUGCUUAAGGCAUUAAGCUUGUUCCUAGAGUCCUCAGGUUCAAGAGAGGGCAUUUUAGCGCAAGUUUGGACUCCUAUCAAGACAGGAGACCAGUACAUGCUCAGUACAUGUGACCAAGCCUAUUUGCUUGACCCUAGGCUGUCUCGGUACCGUGAAGUCUCAAGGAAAUUCACUUUUGCUUCUGAAGCAAAUCAGUGCUCUUUCCCUGGUCUUCCUGGCCGUGUCUUCAUCUCCGGAGUACCUGAAUGGACAUCAAACGUUUUGUAUUACAAGACGGAUGAGUAUCUGCGUAUGAAGCAUGCGAUAGAUAAUGAAGUCCGUGGCUCCAUUGCAAUACCUGUUCUUGAAGCAUCUGGGAAAACUUGUUGUGCUGUCAUGGAGCUCGUCACUUCCACGGAAAAAAACAAUUUUGAUGCGGAGAUGGACUCUGUUUGCCGUGCUCUCCAGGCUGUAAACUUGCGGACAUCAGCGUGCCCUCGCCCUCAGUACAUUUCAAGUAAUCAAAGAGACGCCUUAGCUGAAAUACAAGAUGUUCUCCGAGCAGUGUGUCAUGCACACAGGUUGCCUUUAGCUUUAGCCUGGAUUCCUUGUAGUUACGGCAAGAGGGGAAAGGAUCAAUCAGUAAAGGUGUAUGGAUCAAACUCAGGUGAAAGUUGUGUACUUUGCGUAGAGGAGACAGCUUGUUAUGUAAAUGAUAUGAAGAUGGAAGGCUUUGUGCACGUUUGUUUGGAGCAUUGUCUGAGAGAAAAAGAAGGAAUUGUUGGCAAAGCUUUCGUAUCAAACCAGCCGUUCUUUUCUUCUGAUGUGAAGGCUUAUGACAUCAGUGAGUACCCUCUUGUUCAGCAUGCUCGGAAGUACGGUCUGAAUGCUGCUGUUGCUAUAAAACUGAGAAGCACUUACACUGGUGAAGAUGAUUACAUACUUGAACUUUUCUUGCCUCCAAGUAUGAAAGGAAGCUUGGAGCAGCAGCUUCUGUUAGACAGUCUUUCGGGUACUAUGCAGAGAAUUUGUCGAACUCUGAGAACUGUUUCAGAUGUGGGAGCAACUAAAAAAGAAGCGAGUAAAGCUGGAUUUCAGACCAUAUGUUCAGCAAACUUUCAGACAAUGUUAUCAGAUUUAGAACUCAACUCUACUAGAAGUAUAUUUUCGGAUAUGUCAUCUGAUAAAGAUAACGGUAGUACAGGCUCUCUAGGCACUUAUGAGCAGGAUAUGAGCAAAGCUAGAACACAAGAGAAGAAGAAAAGCACAACAGAGAAGAAUGUGAGCUUAAGUGUUCUCCAGCAACAUUUUUCUGGGAGUCUUAAGGAUGCUGCAAAAAGCCUUGGUGUUUGUCCCACUACACUAAAACGGAUAUGCAGACAACAUGGGAUCAUGAGGUGGCCAUCUCGUAAAAUUAACAAAGUGAACAGGUCACUAAGGAAAAUACAGACGGUGCUUGACUCUGUCCAGGGUGUGGAAGGAGGAUUGAAGUUUGACUCAGCGACAGGCGAAUUCAUUGCAGUUAGUCCUUGUAUCAAAGACUUUGAUACCCAAAAGGAUCCAUCUUCUAAUGGUAACAAUGCACAUGUUAGAGGUCAGGAAGAUGUGCCUCAAGAUACAUCUUUUGAGCUCUUGGAAGCUAAAUCAGUCGACAAUGCCGUUAAGUUAGAGGAGGAUAUCAUCACAAACGGAUCAUACGUUGAGGUUAAUGCCAGUGGUCAGCAAUGGGCUUGGACGGCUGGCGUCAAUGGUGACUUAAGCUCUCAGGCAAUCAGAUGCAGUGGCAAUAUCAACGAACCUAACCGUUCCAUGUCAUGCAGCAUGUCAGAUUCAUCAAACGGCUCAGGUGCAGUUAUGCUCAGAAGCUCAUCUACUUCCAUGGACGAAUGGAACCAAGUGAGAUCCCACAAAAGCAAUAGCUGCGAGAGUGGACCAACAACGCUGACUGUAAAGGCUACUUAUAGAGAAGACACAAUACGUUUCAAGUUUGAGCCUUCGCUUGGGUGUUCUCAGCUGUACAAAGAAGUUGGGAAACGGUUUAAACUGCAAGAGGAGUCGUUUCAGCUCAAGUACUUAGAUGAUGAAGAAGAAUGGGUGAUGCUGGUUACAGAUUCUGAUCUACAAGAGUGUUUGGAGAUAUUAUAUGGUAUGGGAAAACACACAGUGAAGUUCCUGGUCCGUGAUUUGCCUGCGCCUAUAGGUAGUUCUGCUGGCAGCAACGGUUACCUAGGAACAGGUUUAUAGCAUCAUCCACUACUCAGUUAUGUUAUCUUCUGGGAAAGAAUGUUGUUUAUUUCUCCAUAUGUUAGUUUGCUUAUAAAGAAAAGGCAUGAGGGAUAAAGACAGUUUUAGUAUAGUGGAGUCAGGUUUACUGUAUAUGUUUAUCCUUUUUAUAUAAAUCAGAGAAUAAGAAGUUGGAUGUAUUAGCUAAAUAUUAUUAAUGUUUUACUC